AUGACGGUCUCCUUCGUCGAUCUGCCCAUCGAGCUCCUCCCGUUCGUGGUUGAGAGCGUCGUCAAGCCGCAGCAUCUCGCUGCUCUGUGCCUCGUCGACCGGACGUUCAAUGCGGUCAGCACGGCGAGGCUGUAUGAGCGGGUCGUUAUAUAUGCGUGGUACAGGGAGGCCAAGGAGAGGAUUCGCCUCGUCUUCCGCACACUUGCCGAGCACCCGCACCUCGCUCGCCACGUCCACUCCCUCGAGCUCCGCGACUUCCCCAAAUCCCUCUCCUCAUCCACCUACACGACCCUACACACCCACGUCCUCGCCGCGCUCGCGCACUGCACCAACCUGCGCGCCUGCACAUGGACGCGCGACGGCUCGCUCGACGACGCCAUUCUCUCCGCCCUACACACGGGCUGCCCGCGCCUCGCCGCGCUCGAGAUAAACGGCAACGACGGCGGGUACUACGACCCGCGCAUGCUCACCCACUUCACCGCGCUCGAGCGGCUCGCGCUCGUCAUGCCCAGCCCGGGCGUCGUCGACGUCCUGCCGGUGUGGAUGGCCGGGACAGGCGCUGCACUGCGCAAUCUGACGCUCAUAUGCAAGGCGAGCACGUCUGUUACGGACGAUCUGCUCCUCGCCAUCGCGCCCGCGCUCGUCCGCCUCGAACACCUGUACAUCACCGGCUGCCCGAAAGUCACGCACCGCGGCAUCAUCGCGCUCGUCGCCUCCAACACCGCCGGACUCAUCAGCCUCGGCCUCGAAGGCCUCUCCCAGUCCUUCGACACAGCCGCAUUCAACACCGCAUGCGCACGCACCUCCGCGCUGCGCCGGCUCGCGUCCAUCACGCUGACAGUGCACACGCACACGCCGCUCACGGAAUGGACAGCGCGCGUGCAGGAGCUGCUGUGGGACGCGCCGCUCGAGUCGUUCCAGGUGUACGCGACGGGCGCGUUCGUCCGCGCGCCGGGGGCGGACGCGUUCUGGGCGGGCGUCGUCGCGCGACACGGGGCGCGGCUCAGGCGGUUCUCGGCGCACCGCGUGCAUGUCGGGCUGGCCGCGGUAAGGGAGAUAUGCGCGGGGUGUCCGCGGCUGGAGAGGAUGUUUAUCGUCGCGGAGCAGGAUGAGCUCGAGACGAUGGCGGAGCACCUUUCGCACGCACGCAGUCUCCGCGCUGUACAUGUCACGUUCCCGAUGAACGAGGCCGCGUUCCCGCAGGUUCUCGCCGCGGACGCGCUGCUGCUCGCGAAGCGCUGUGCGUGGUCUGUCUCGCAGGUGGGCUGCAACACCAAGGUGUGGCACGUGAAACGGAGCGUGGCGCGGGAUGCCGAGUCGGGGGAGUGGCGGACGGAGACGUCGCUGGGGCCGUACGAGAACCCGGACAUCCCGGAGCCGUUUCUUGUCAUACGGGCAUGACCUGCACUAGCUGCAUCCUCUAGCCACGUUGCCCCAGGGUUUACUCUGCCACUAGCGCAGUACGCACAUGCCCCUAUAUGGAAGGCUGAACCGCGGAGGCAGAUUACUCAGACCGAUCGACAAGGAAUCUGUUGGGGCGGCGUCGAAGUGCUUUCGUGCCGCAAGAGGACUUAUUGGGCAGGUCAGCGUGAUGCGCUUCGAGGUCGGAGAAGGCGUGCUUUUUGAUGGACGUGCUUCGGUAGAGACAACGAGGGGUAAUGGUGUCGGCACGUGGCUGAUAGUAGAUGUACGUGGAUGAUGGCGCUGUGAAUUUACUUGCGUUGAGGCAUGGAUAAUUCUGAAACUC